AUGAACUACGUCGUUUCUUACGGAAUACUAUUUGUUAUUGUUGCGUUCUUCCAAUCUGAAUACGCUUUCUUUGACCCGUUGAAGAAUACUGACGAAGAUGUAAUUCAAGUGCAAAUCGCCGUCAUUCUUCCAAAGGACACUGACGAGCCACCGGAAAUACGACACUAUCCAUACAGGUUUGAAAUGGUAUGUCCUGCAAUCGACAUCGCUGUAAACAAAGUGUUUAUGCAAGGCAAUUUUUUCGGGAAUCGGAAGGUGAAUGUGACCAUUAGAAAAGUGGAUUCUCGGUGUUCCAAUCUUGUGUCUCCUAUCCGUGCUGUUGAAUUCAUUACGGAAAGGCAAGUAGACGUAUUUUUCGGACCAGCGUGCGAUUACGCCGCUAUCGCGGUCACAAGAUUCGCGUCCCACUGGAAUAUCCCUUUUAUAACGACGGGCGCUAAGGCUAAAGAGUUCGGCAUGAAAGAAAAAGAGGAUUUCCGCACAUUGACACGAGCCCACGGUCCCUUUUUGAAAAUGGCCGAAUUUAUGAUGGAAAUCUUACGAACUUUUCAGUGGAAUACAACCGCUAUUAUCCACAAUGACAAAGACGUGUCUCUGUACAGAGACUGCUGGCUGUUCGGCGGUGCCCUAUUUCAUUUAUUUCACGGAGCCGGUUGGUACGACCCUGGCAAGGAUUACGCUGGGUACCAAAAAUUUGUGGAGGACGACGAUCCUAAUUAUACAGAAAUCCUUCAAGAAAUUGUCAUGCCGAAUGGUAGAAUUGUGGUAAUUUGUGCAUCUGGAGAAACCGUCAGAAAAAUCAUGUUAGCCGCUCAUGACCUGGGAAUGACGAAGAUAAACAAAGAAACUGGUCGAGCUGAAUACGCCUUCUUUAACAUACAACUAUUCGACAGUGCCUACUUCGGAGAUAUUGGUUGGAAGAGAGGAGAGGGUGGCGAUGGGAGAGACGAAGACGCGAAGGAAGCUUAUCGUUCGCUGAUGACUUUGACUUUGAGAAAGCCCGAUACGAAAGAAUAUCAAGAUUUCGCCAGAGAGGUGAAACAACGAGCACUGGAGGAUUACGGAUUUGAUUAUGACAAGGAGGGGGAAGAUGUGAACAGUUUUGUCGGAGCAUUCCAUGACGCUGUUAUUCUGUAUGCCCUAGCGUUGAACGAGACACUGGAGGAAGGUGGUAGUCCGCGUGAUGGUAAGACAAUCACUGCGAAGAUGUGGAACAGAACGUUUGAAGGUGAGACGAUAUAUCCACAGCCUACACUGCAUACAAAUAAUGUUAGAAAUAUCACAUUCAUUCAAGCAAAACAUCGUGAAAAAUGUAAAUGGGGAAAAGUUAUUGCUAACUAUUACGGCACCCGCAAGAAAUAUGAACCCGUUCGGACGGUUAAAAUUGAUUGGCCAGGAGACACACCGCCGGACGAUGUACCGGAAUGCGGUUUUGAAGGAGAACUGUGCAUUGAAAAACAACCCUUAUCGCUGACUCUAAUAAUUUCGAUUGUCUUCGGAAGCUUUUUAUUCAUUCUGAUCAUCGUGGCUUUUAUAAUAUACAGAAAGUGGAAACUGGAAAAAGCAUUGGCUGACAUGGCGUGGAAGAUACGAUGGGAAGAAAUCACAUUCAACCGGACUAAAAGGGGUCUAGGGGGAAGUCACACCAGUCUCAAUUCUAGGGAUUCCCAGCAGUCCGUGUGGGAUGCGAACCAGCAAAUAUUCACAAUUACUGGAAUGUACAAGAACAAUAUCGUCGCUAUCAAAAAGAUCAACAAACGAAGAGUGGAAAUCAAUCGACGGAUAUUAAAAGAAUUUAAACACAUGAGGGACCUGCAACAUGAUCACGUGACACGAUUUAUUGGUGCUUGUGUUGAACCGCCGAAUAUCUGCGUUAUGACUGAAUAUUGUCCUAAAGGCAGUUUACAGGACAUUCUGGAAAAUGACUCCAUCAAGCUGGACUGGAUGUUCCGAUACUCACUUGCCUACGACAUUGUUAAAGGCAUGCAUUACAUACACAGCAGCGUCAUCAAUUCCCAUGGCAACCUGAAAUCAACCAACUGUGUUGUUGAUAGCAGGUUUGUGUUAAAAGUUACCGAUUUUGGAAUGAACCAAUUCAAACUGGACGAUGAAGAUAAGGAUAUGGAUUUUGAAUCGCAUCAGUAUUUCCAGCGCAAAUUGUGGACGAGUCCUGAGCUACUUAGAAUGACAGAGGCACCACUUGGUGGCACACAGAAGAGCGAUGUUUAUAGUUUCGGAGUUAUACUUCAAGAGAUUGUUCACAGAUGUGGUCCAUUCUACGUAUCGCAUAUGGAUCUAUCACCACAAGUUUAUCAGAAAUUUCCACAUAGUGUACACAAACCUGCAGGAAUGUUUCGCGGAAUCAACAGUCAAAGCGCUGGAAAUAUUCUGGAUAAUUUACUACGGCGUAUGGAACAGUAUGCAAAUAAUCUCGAGAGCUUAGUGGAGGAAAGAACCGAAGCCUUCUACGAAGAGAAGAGACGAGCGGAAGAGUUAUUGUAUCAAGUCUUGCCAAAACCUGUUGCUGAGAAAUUGAAGCGGGGACAAGCAGUGCAAGCCGAGGCAUUCGAUAGUGUCACUAUAUUCUUCAGCGAUAUCGUUGGGUUUACAGCUCUCUCUGCCUCGAGUACUCCCAUGGAGGUCAUCGCUUUACUAAAUGACCUUUACACGUGUUUUGAUGCAAUUAUUGAUAACUUUAACGUUUACAAGGUGGAAACUAUCGGAGAUGCGUACAUGGUAGUAUCAGGUCUGCCCAUACGAAACGGUGACUUCCACGCCAGAGAGAUCAGUAGAAUGGCACUUGCGUUGCUGAAGGCUGUUGACACAUUCAAAAUAAGACACAAACCUGACGAGAAGCUGAAACUCCGCAUAGGAAUCCACUCCGGCAUGGUAUGCGCUGGUGUUGUUGGUCUUAAGAUGCCCCGAUACUGUCUGUUUGGUGACACAGUGAACACGGCGUCAAGAAUGGAAUCUAACGGCUUACCUCUGAAAAUCCAUGUCAGUAAGGAGACGUAUCAAAUACUCAAAACAUUCGGAUCGUUCGACAUUGUAUGCAGAGGCGAAGUUGAAAUGAAGGGCAAGGGCAAACAGUUAACGUAUUGGUUAGAAGGCGAAGACCCUCCCAAGCAAAUAGGCAAUGGCACAACGAAAUCUAAUGGUUUUCUACCGACAUCUGUGAAGGCCGGAAAAAACUAUAUCUAUGCUUAAUUAAGAACCACGAUGUACG